AUGUUGAUAAAAACUAACAGAUGUUAUAAACCUGUACCUUUCUCCCGGGCUGCUGAUGAGGCAAAGGUGGCGGUGCAAUCAGCCUUAGCGGAGGCGGCGCUGGCGGCAGGGCAGCCAACAAUGGGGGCACCAGCGGCACAACACCCCCCAUGGGGAGGGCGACCGCAAAUUUCUGCAUCCCCAUCGUCCCCAUUGUCCAGGGUAAGAACCAACCCCCGCCCGCCUGCAUCGCCCCCCCUCCGGGACCGUACCACGCCAGCGCGAUCAGCUACCUUCACCCCACAUGAACACUACACUAUUAUCGUUGAGAGGUUGUGA